AUGUUUAUGAGAUUGAUCAUUUUAGAGUUGGAUAGAUAUUCCCGCUGGAUCAAGAUCGUAGGCGUUUUGCUCAUCACAUUGCGCGCCGCUGACUGGCCUUACGAACUGGCUUUUCAUUCAAUUACACAAAGAAUCAUAGACCAAGCGCCCCAAUCGGGUUCUCAAUGCUGGGCAGAGUGGGGUGCUGGCGUAAUUAUUUUGAAUUUCGUGGGUGAUGCCCUUGCAAAUCUAUUUUUGAGUGGCAUGUUUGUGCGAAGACUUUUCAUUCACAUCAACAUGUCAAAGUCGCUCAUGAGCCACCAAAACAAGGUCAUCGAACGCAUUGCUCGUAAAUCACUGAUCUGCUUGGCCUUUACAUUCGUUGUCAAUCUAGCCAUGAAUCUGUUAAAGGUCACCAUGUUCAUAGGCGGUCAUUCUGAUGCUUUCACUGUGUAUUUUGAGAUCAUUGAAUCGACUCUUCUGGUUGAAGCGCUCCGCAAUGAUAAUAGCCAUAGCAAUGCACCUCACACAUCUUUCUGCGAAAGCUGUCAAAAGGAAAUCAGCCAUUGUGGCACUGAGAGAUCACCCAACAAUGAUGAACACCUCAAUAGUCAGAUGCUAGUCAGAUCAUUCCACAAAAACGUCGACAACAGAGACAGAUAUAACAGCACAUAUACCGACGAUACAACAUUCCAUGAUCAUGGCCAUGCAAUGCAAAGAGUUUCCUCUAUGGAACCAGCCCUCUUCUUUGAUGCCAAGAGUCCUACUACAUUCUCAAACUCUAUCAGAUACAACAGCGGGCCAUCUACAUUAUCCACCUUGCCGAAUAGAGCCUCUACACCUUUGACAGAUGCUCCUUUGCUCUCGUCUCCAGUUGGAAAAUCAUUCUCCUCCAACGGCAAAGAUGUGUUUGUCAUGACUACGCAGCUGCAACCACCGCCCUUGGAGAAAUCCAUUACGCCGCGAGUUUCGUCGUCUAUUCUUACAUCUACCACUGAUCCCAAUAAUAGCAAUUCUGAUAAAUCACCAAAUUGGCAAAAAGCCUGA